AUGUUAAGCUUCGUCAAAUCCCUGAAGACAAGCUCCGAGGUGUCCCUCAAAAAAUUCAUGGUACCAGGAGAACAGGCCGGAGGGGGAGAUGAUUGGGGAAUACCUCAAAAACUUACAAUUGCUCGGGAUGAUGAUCAAUCAAAGCCCAUCCUCCGCGUUCCUCCAGCUUUUGAGGAAACGUACGACCUCGAGAAACUACGAUACCCAUUCAAAGUGCAGUUCAUGGAGAAUCUCCCGGCACAGAUGAUCAAGCACCUGACUGAAAUCAUCGGGAAGAAUUCUGUUAGCUCGGACUUACGCCUUCACUGGAACAAAUGGAAGUCCACAGCCACUAGGCGGCUCUUUCGGAACAAGUACGAUAUUUUAGACCUCACCAAGCAUAGCUGGCUUCUGGUGGGAAUAGCAUUCAAUAUCAUCCAUCCAGAUGAUGCCUGUUUGCUUGAUUUUACCGAAACCAAGGAUGGCCGUGCAAAGGCUGACAUUCAUAUGAGAAUGCAGUCUUCUGGUGAAAUAAUCAUCUUGGAAACUGUUAUCGACCCGAAACUCGGGGAAGAAUAUACAUCAAAUCUGGUCAAGCUAGCAUCGGGUGAAUUGCAGUCGAGUUUUGAAGCCGAUCUACCCGAUGGCUUUGAUGGACAUGAGGCGAUUCUCGCAAAACUAUCGUACGAGGCUAUGGAAGAUUGGGGAAAGGGUCCUCGUUGGGCAAUCAUUUAUGGUGGCAAUCUGUACAUCCUCUACCUUGUGGUCCCAGUAGUAGUGGGUAACACAAAGAGAUGUUUGUUCAUAUCUUCAGGAGUGCUUCCUAUCGACAGCACCGAGCAUCCUUAUUUGGCACUGAAGCUUUAUAUGAUGCUAUCCUCUCGUAUACCACGCGAAGAUUUAAUGACCUUAUUGGGUGUCCAAGCACCUUUAGGAAGCACAAUCCAACUAUCAACAGAACUCUGUGGCACUAGCGUAGGCGGUGAUUGUGCCGAGUCCAAACCAUUUGAUCCCACAUCUCCUGAUCCGUCCACGGAAGUUCUCCUCGAUCGUCUGAUGAAUGGAGAACAAUCAGACGUGAAUGACCAUGGAUCCCACUCUGAAUUGCUCAAGUUCUUACUGCAACCCCUGGGAACUGGGAGCACCAGCACUAUCUAUCGAUCUGGUAAGGCCGUCUUCAAGGUCUCUGGUUUGAAACACGAAGCAGAUAUAGAGAAUGAAGCUCGGGAGCCUUACCAGGAUUGCCUUCACCUACAGUGUCCAUCCCGUGCAACCCUCCACCACAAGUUGGACUUGGCCAUGUCCACAAUACCUGCUUUCCCGUCUAACUUUGAAAAGGCACCAGCGCCUUGGAACCUCAAGGCAGAAGCAUGGUGGUUUAUGCUUUCACUUUACGGAAAGAACGAGCAAGAACUCUCUCCAGGCUGGUUUGCACCGCUGGAAUCGAACGCGGCCGAGAUAGCACACGAGCCAGGAGCCUACAGAGGCGGUUUGAGUGUCGCUUCACUGAUACGGUAUUACGAGAGUCCUGUGGGUCCUU